AUGAUUCCGAAUCCUAACGUUAACAGUGUUCUGGAUCAAUUGAUAUUAUUGAUAUUAAUAGUUUAUUUGAUUAAUCGGAUCAGAUGGAAAGUUAAAGAAUACUCAAAUAAAACAAAAGCGAAAUCAUCAAAUAGUAAAAUAGCACCUUUAGUGACUUGUACAAUUCCAUUCGAUUCAAAAUUCUUAUAUUAUAAAAUUGUCUCACUUUUGAAAGGUGAUCCAUCAAGUUCAUUAGAUUACCUUAAUUCUUAUUCAAAAUUAACUAAAGCUAUCAGAAUCAAUAUCUUGGGAACCGAAAUCAUUCAUACCUUUUCCCAUUUAGAUGUUAAAUAUAUUUUAUCUAAAAACUUUCAAAAUUGGGGUAAAUCAAAUAGUUUCGUAGAGGCUUUGUAUCCAUUGUUAGGUGAUGGUAUCUUUAAUUCUGACCAAAGAUCACUUUGGUCUUGGCAUAGAACAUUAACUAGACCUCAUUUUACAAAAAAAAGAAUUUCGGAUGUGGAAGCUUGUGAAGAACAUGUUUCUAGAUUGAUUAGUUGGAUUGAAUUUCAAAAUAUAUCGGAUCAUUCUGUUGAUAUUCAAGAUCUCUUUUCACGGUUGACCCUCACUGUCGCUACCCAGCAUUUCUUUGGACAUUGUUUGGACACGCUCAAUGAUCUCUUACUUGAUAGACCUAUACAAAAAGGUGCUAUAGAUGCAACAGCUUUCUCCAACGACUUUGCUGACGCUCAAUCACAUUGUCUAUCAUAUCUCUUUCUACCAUUCAGAUUAUUUCAAAAAGUAUCACCUGAUCCAUCAAUCAAGAGAGUCUCGGCAGCCGUAGAUGUGUUGAUAGAGAAUAUAGCCAAAGAGCGUAGUUUAUCAGUUGAUCAACAAGACCCUGAAACCCUAUUCAAUAGCAUACAUCGAUCAGGUUGCUCAACCCACCUUCUUCGUCAUGAACUUCUCAAUCUAUUAAUCGCCGCACGAGAUUCACUUUCUUCUUUACUUACUAGUUGCAUUUAUGAAUUAGCUGGACGGGAUGAGCUUUGGAAUCAACUUCAAUCGGAAUCUAGCCAUCUUGGCCAAAUCUCUAUCAUUUCCAUGAAUCAAAUCCAUCAAUGUAAAUUACUUAGAGCAGUGAUUAAUGAAACUCUUAGACUUCAUCCACCUGUUUGGGCAAACCUACGUGCUGCAUUCGAAGAUGAUGUAUUACCAUCGGGUAUAUUUGUUUCAGCAGGAACCGAUUGUCGAUUUAGUAUCCGAGAAUUCCAACGAGAUCCGGAAGUAUGGGGUAUGGAUGCAGAAGAAUUCAUACCGGAUCGUUGGUUAGAUGGUAGACAAGUCUUACAAAGUAAAGAUCCAUUUAGUUUCCAACCAUUUAGUGCAGGGCCGAGACUUUGUCUUGGUCAACAAUUCGCUUAUACUGAAUUGUCUAUCGCAUUGAUUAGAUUACUUAAUCGAUUCUCUAGAGUUGAGUUAGUAGGUAAAUCAGCCGUUAGGGAAAAUAUUAAAGAAGUCCACUCUGUGACUUUGAGCUUCCAAGAUGGAUUAUGGGUUAAGUUUCAUCCAUGA